UGGAAUGAUCAACUUGCAAUCGUUACUGGUGCUUCAGGUGGCUUGGGCGCUUCAAUCGCAAAGAAACUGAUCGCCAGAGGAUGUGGUGGAGUAAUUUGCGUUGAUAUAAAAAACAACGAAUGGCUACAAAAGGGCGAAGGUAACAAUUAUCCGCGUGCGAAGAGCAUUCGUUGUGAUAUAAGCAGACCAGAAGAAAUCACACAGCUAGCAAACACGAUCAAGGAACAGUUCAGCGAUCGAAAAGUAUCAAUCUUGAUCAGCAAUGCUGGAAUCAUGCAUGGCGCCCCAUUGCUCGACCUGCCAGAAGGACAAUUCGAAAAGACAAUCAAUGUCAACUUCACUUCCUCGUACUACCUUUUACGAGCAUUUCUGCCUGAUAUGAUUUCUGCAGGACGUGGUCAUAUCGUUGCAACAUCUUCUGUGAUGGCAUAUCUGGGCGUCAGUAGAUUGAGCGAUUACGUUGCCAGCAAACAUGCUUUAACAGGUCUGAUGGAAUCAUUGCGAUACGAAUUGGAUAAAAUAUAUCGCAAGCCAAAUAUUCGCACAUCGAUUGUGGUUUUGGGUCAAAUGACAACACCUUUAUUCUCUAAAUACAAGAUGUCUAGUAUUGGUGGAUUUCUGAUGCCGUUACAAGAUCCCGAUUCGGUGGCAGAAGAUAUCGUGGAUAACAUUCAUCUCAACAAAAGCUCAUACAUCUAUCGUCCUUAUUUGGCUCGAUUAGCAACAAUCGUACAAGCGAUGCCACAAUGGAUACGCGAUCUAGCCCAAAAAAUUUCAGGAGCAGAUGAAGCCUUUCAAAAUUAA